AUGGAGAAGAAGCGCGAACUUACGGGUAAGAGGCUCGAAGGAGUCUUCAAGAGAAUGGCAGCGGAAGUGAUUUAUAGAUAUUGGGAAAGGAAUGAUGUUAAGGGGGUUAUUGGUGCAAUGGAGAAAAUGGCUGAUCAUGCUGCUCGUACACUAAAUGGGUUUGGGCAAUCAAGUGAGAGAAGUAGUGGGAACGAUAUGGUGGGGUGUUUCUCCUUAAGUGACGUUUGGCAGUUUUAUGUUGAGAAGAGUUUCUAUGGGGCUUCUGUACCAAUACUGUUGAAUAAUGGUGAAAGUGUUGUACAAUACUAUGCACCUUCCCUAUCAGCUAUCCAGAUAUAUACUACAAAACCUUGUGAAUCUAUCUCAGUGAGUGUGAGCAAUCAUAAUUCAUCAACUAGGACUUCACAACAUACCAUACUGCUAGUUGAUCAUCAUGAGGGACCAUCCAAAAUAAUGGAAAGCCUUGGUCAUCUCUACUUUCAGUUCAACGAGACAUUCAGUCCUUAUGAUAGACUUCCGCUGACUACAAAGAUAAAUGAAUUAGCUGAGGCUCAUCCUGGCUUGACGACAUUCAACAGCAUGGAUCUCUCUCCUUAUAGUUGGAUAGCCGUUGCUUGGUGUAACUUCAGCAGGGGCACCAUAAUUGAUCGGUAG